CUCCGGUUGAAAAGUUAUUCCAUUUAAAUGCCAAAACAAGGGGCGACGCGCAUGCCAUCGUUUCGAUUUCGCCUCUCACCAACGAGGGUUUCCGCUCUGCGUGGGAAAACCUAAUAGAGCGUUUCGAAAAUAAACGAUUGUUGGUAAACAGUCAAUUGAAAAUACUGUUUAAUGUGCAGUCGUAACCACAGGAAUCUGGGGCGGCCUUGAAGGUACUGCAAAGUACUGUUCAAGGUUGCUUGACUACCUUAGAACUGUCAGGCAUCAACACUAAGAACAGGGACUGCCUGCUGGUAUAUCUGUGUUCAUCCAAGAUCCCAAAGAUAACUCUCUCCUUAUGGGAGCAGUCGCUCCAUAAGAAAGCCGACAUCCCGACAUGGGCAGAGCUGAACACCGUCCUCACAGUACGUCAUCGAACCCUAGAGGCCAUCGAUGAUGUGAGACCGUCCGUACCAAGUCAGACGCACUCCAAAGCGAUGAACUUAAGUGGGCCCUCUAGAAAACUAAAUUCCUAUGAGACGAAAGUGGCUCCAAAAUCAAAAAGUUGCGACUUGUGCAACAAGGAAAACCAUCCCGUCCGUGUAUGUUUUCUCCAAAUGUCGGUUGACGACCGGUCAGCCUACAUUAAACGGAAGCAGCUAUGCUUAAACUGCUUUGCAAAGGGACAUCAGCUUCGUGAGUGCAAAAGCACGCACAAUUGUUUUACUUGCCGUGGCCGGCAUCACACGUUGUUGCACCGAAACAACCCCUUUACCAGCAAUUCAAGCCCUUUAAAUCCUGCAAGGCCAAUUUCCGCUAAUCAGGCCAAUUUCGUUCCAAAUGAGCAAGCCGGUGUUCAAAAUUAUUUCGCCACGGGCUCAAGAGCUAUCCUUCUUGGCACUGCCGUAAUCAAUAUUUCCCAUCUUGGCACUAACUUUAAGGCACGCGCCCUGAUCGACUCCGGAUCAGAGGCAACAUUCAUAACCGAGCGACUGUUCAAUCUAAUUAGAUUGCCAUUCCAGGUGGUGCAAGCCCAAGUCUCAGGCUUAAGCCAAACAGUAGCCGCUCAGUCCAAGAAGCUCUGCAGUUUCACCGUCCGAUCUCGCUCGACUAGGCCCGCGUUGCAGUUGGAGACGACGGCCUAUGCCCUCCCUCAACUAGCCGGAAAUCUGCCUUCCUCCCAAAUUUCCUUCGGGAUCUUCCCGAUUUUCCACUGGCGGAUCCAAAAUUCUAUGAGGGCGCACAAACAGAUGUCCUUAUCGGAGCCGACAUUCUGCCUUCGGUGCUUUUGAGUGGAGCAAAAUCCAACAUCUGUGGCUCUCUCUUGGGGCAAGAGACCAUUUUCGGCUGGGUACUAACUGGGCCAGUGUCAGCCUCAGCCCAAAGCAGAAUUUCCUCC